GCCGGCCGGAGGGGAACGCGCGGCAGCGGCCGCCCGAAGGGACCGGCCAGGGAGGCGCCUCCGGCCGGGGCUGCGCGUCCAGGUAUGGUGUCAUAUACGUUGGAGGAAAAGCUAACCAGUAUGUCCUCUUUCUGUGUGGACUGCCCUGAUGGUCUGUCAAGACACUUGUUUUGCCUUCCUGGCCUACUGUAGGCCCCUGAGGGCCUGACUUCUGGCUUUUUCACUCUCAUCUGUUGCCGUUGAUGAUCUGUAGAGAGCCAUGACUUCGGAGGAGACGUCUUGGCCUGUCCCAAUGAAGGCGAUUGGAGCGCAGAAUCUGAUGACGAUGCCUGGAGGUGUCAUCAAAUCUGGAUACCUGCACAAAAAAGGAGGCACUCAGUUCCAGCUCUUAAAGUGGCCACUGAGGUUUGUGAUUAUCCACGAGGGCUGUAUUUACUACUUUAAGAGUAGUACAUCUGCAUCUCCCCAAGGUGCCUUCUCACUGAAGGGCUAUAAUCGGGUUAUGAGGGCAGCAGAGGAAACAACGUCGAGCAAUGUAUUUCCUUUCAAGUUGGUUCACAUUAGCAAGAAGCACAGGACCUGGUUUUUUUCUGCUGCCUCCGAAGACGAAAGGAAGGAUUGGAUGGCCUCACUUAGGAAAGAAAUAGACCGCUACCAUGAGAAGAAGGAAAUAAUCACUGACUUAAGUGACUCUGGUUCGGAUGUUGACAGUUUCUAUGGUUCUAUAGAACGCCCAAUUAAUAUCAACUAUUCUCAGCAUUCAACAGAAAAUUCAGAUUAUGACCAGGAUGAAGAAGAAGAUUACUUGCAGCCAGAUAAUGCAGACGGUGUAAAAUGUGAAGAUCACACAGUCCUGCCACCAGCAUACCCACCUCCUCCAGUCCCACAGAUGGGAAAGUCUUCCUAUUCAGAGGCCCGGGCACGUUUGCUGACUGGCAAGUGCAGUGUGCCUGUGCUUCCCCUGCCACCUCCCAAGAAAAGCUUACCCGAUCUUAAGCCUGAAGCUCUCUUGUGUAUGAGAGGGGACCUUCCUUUACAGUACCGAGCUGAAUGUAAUGUGAGACCUCACCUAACACAUCAGCAAGCCAGUGGCCCAGGAUCACCAGUGCCUCCAGUUCCUCUAGCCAGAAAGCCCACUGGUAUCGUAGAAACUGCCUCUCAACCAACUGUACGUCUGUCCCUCGCCCACGUUUUGCCUACUUCUGAAGAGAGUGAGAAACUAAGAGAGUUAAAGCUUUCUGUGAAGGUCCCGCCUCCACUGCCAAGCAACAAGCCCAGAUUGACACACUGUCCUGUGACGCCUGCAAAUAUCAGACCACACAAGGACAGUGGCAAGCCGGCACUACUGACACCCAGAGUACUGUCUAAAUCUCAAGUGCCUACAGAAAAGCCACCUGUACCUGUACCCAAAACCGAGAAGCCUUCACCUCCACAUUUAGGUUCUGUUUCUGCCAGGAGAUCACCCCCAGAUGGGCAGAGCUUCCGAGGUGCUUCAUGUGAGAAACCAGUCGUGGGUUCAAAACCAGGCGUGUCUGGCACAGAUUCAGAUGAGGAGUAUGAAAAAGUUGAGCUGCCUACUUCAAUAUUUGUCAAUACAACUGAAUCCCUUGAAGUUGAAAGAAUGUUCAAAGCUGAAAGUCUGACAGGGCAUCCAAAAAAUGGACUAUUCUGCAUUAGGAACUCAUCAACGAAAACUGGAAAGGUGCUAGUUGUGUGGGAUGAAUCCACCGAGAAAGUGAGAAACUACAGAAUAUUUCAACAGCAGGACUCAAAGUUCUACCUGGAGUCAGAUGUGCAAUUCCCAAACCUUGGAAGUCUGAUCGAACACUACUGCUGCCACGUCUUGCCAGGCCACAACAUUCUGACACUUCAGUUUCCUUAUGGCUGUUCUGGGCCAAGGUGACACACCUUCAUCAUCCACCACGUAACAUCCAUACACAGGGGAACACGGGCUCUAAAGAGGAAUGUUUUUCUGCCCCCUAAACUGACCAUGGAUUCCAAUAGUGGACUUUGUUUUUCUGUUCUCCCAGUUGACGCCUGGGUCCAUUUCUGAUGGUUGUCCUCCUACACACUGUAUAGUUUUAUUGAAAAAAUUACCUGGUACCGUUUUUCAGAUUGGACUGGUGGAUAUCAUGUAAUUAUUAGAUCACGUUGUCAGAAGAGGAUGAUACGUUUUAGUGCAAUGGAAUCUUUGCAGACUUGGCUCUUCAGCAGAACUGAGGCUGAACGACAGAGGAAAUUUUCCAAAAGCAAGGUGCUAGAAAUGUUUUGCUGGCUUGUUUGAGUCAACAGUCGCUCUUGACAAGCUAUUGAAACCAUUUAUAAUGCUUUUAUUAUAAAUAUAUGCAACAUUUCAAAGAAGAAACAGAUUGAAAAAAGAAAAAAACCCCACUAAAUCUCAUUGUAAUGUUACUGACACUUAUUAGUGUUGGAUGUGCCCUGAUUUUCUCAGCCAGUCUUCCAGAGAUGGAUACUUUUGCUGUUCCCACUUUUUACUACCAAAAUGUGUGCUGCAGUUCAACACAUUUCCAAUGCAAUUCUGAUAUUCCCUUUAUACUGCCUUUCUAAGAUCAGCUAACAGAAAUGUCCUUGCUUCAAAGGGAGGGUGGUGUCCAAUCACAUUAUGCAUGAUUUGGUUUCUUGAUCUCCAGUGCCCUUUCCAACAUCACCAAAUAUGUUUGAAGUCAGCUUGAACAGCAUUACAUCUCCAGCACUGUGCACAAGUUAAGUGUUUAUAAUGAUGCUCCAAAUAGCAAGAAUCCCUGAUAGCUUCUUUACAGAGCAUGAAGUCAAGGCAUUGGGUCUUGUGUACAUUUGGUAAUUUCCUAAAAUUUAAAAUAAUCUUUGAAAUCAUUCCAGCCCUGCAUCUUAUGUGUAGGCUGCAUUCAGGCAUAAAAUUUAAAAGUGGUUCAGUAAAAAUGUGCAUGAACUAGUUUGUUGCUUGGUUCUCUCCCUCCCUUCUUGCGUGGAGCACAAUGAAAGAAUCCGAGUUAGAAACUAAAAUCCAGCUGCCCAUUAUGUAUUAAUAUAGUCAUGCAGGUUAAUCUGAGUUAGUUUGUCCUCCACUAGCUGCUGUUCUAAGAUAGAUAAAAAUUGGGUUUAACUACAGCUAAAUUUGCCAACUGAAUGCAGCCGUAAUAUAUUUCCACACCAUGGACCAAACAUGGAGGCCGUUUGUAAUUUUUUGAUGUUUGGAAAAUAUUUGGACCUCCAGAGCAUUUUCAUGUUGGUGUGAAGGCAAGCGCUCUCGUUUUUUAUCUCCAGCAAAUGCAUGCUUAUGUAAGUGACAGCCCCCCGCCCCCCCCCCCCCCCGGUUCAGUUUCCUUUUGCUUAAUGAACUACAGAACACCCACAAGCAUCCUGAAAAUGCAGGUGACCAAAGUACUACUAAUGUUGAGUGUGUUAAGCUGUUUAUUUACACAGAGCCUGUAUCUACUGGCUGUCAUCCUAAAUCCUCUGUAGCUGAUCUUCACACUUUUUUUUGCUGACAUUGCAUAUGAAAAAGUUGUUUCAGUUCUGAGGACUGCAUUAGAUCCCAGCGAUUAUUUCCACUAAUGGGAAAUGGGGAUAUUUGCUAGUUCUCCCCUCCUGCCGCAGACCUCAUGCUUUGUCCCCCACCAGCAGCACUUAAGGGAAAUAAUUGCACUGAAGAUGAGGAGAGGAAAACAAGGAUGUUCCAUUCUGCUAAUGAAUUCUGGAUAUUAUUGUUGGGAUCCAAUGGAGUAUCUGGACAUCUGGGGACUUUAAGGAGGGAUUGGGAUCUCCCGGAAAGCAGCUGACAUGAGGAUUAUACAAAUAGAUCAUGAAAACCCUACGCAUUGACUUCCCCUUUCCCAAACCUGAUCUGUGAAACAGAUAACACCAUAGAAGUCAACACUGACAUUCUAUUGUUUUCAUAAGGAAUCCUCUUCUAAUUAAAUUUUUUUGCUGAUGGCUGGCAAAGGGAAGCCAAUGGGUCCAAUGGAUUCAAGAUAUUCUUAUCUAAAUGUUACUUGCUAGAAAUCAUCCAGUAUAAUGGGAAACUUUCUCAGACUACACGGAAUUGAGUUAAACAUUCUUGAACUGUAACUUUGUAAAACUUUGCCAACUUCAUUUUAUAUUAAGAGGUUUUAAAAUUCAGGACUUGCACUAAAAUUUCUGUUGUAUUUCAUGUAUUUUAUCUGGCCCAAGAUCCAAAUAAUCAGUUCAUUAAAAUCUCUUGUACUAUAUAUUUAUUAGAUUCCUGUUCCUCAGGAGGCGCCUGGGUCAUGAGGGUAGACAUUUGGUUUUGCACAACUCCCAUCAAAGCUUUUCAGAGCACACUGCAGCCUUAAUCAGAAUUUGCCUACUUGAAAGGCCUAAAUCUGUUAGUUUUAUAACCAAAUCUGUGAAUCUAACCAAAGAAAUGGCUUGGGAGUGGAGCAGAGGAAUGCAGAGUCCUAACUGGACUUCACUUCUGUACAGCGCAGCUCUGAAUCAAAGACAGGGAUGGUGGCACACAUGCAACACAUAUUUCUGAAUUGUUUAUACAUGCACACAAACUUUAAUCAUAUUUGACUGCAUUCUAUCCAGAGACAUAGCACUGCAUGCGAUCACUGCAUGCGAACAUAGCACUGCAUGCGAUCUGUAUUUAAAAUGCUGAGCAAAUCAAUUUUGUAUUUUUUUUAAAGAACUGUGUAUUUGAAAUGCACGACACAACUGAGCAAAGCUACUGGAACAUUGUAUACAAUGUAUAUGACACUGCAAAUGUAGACUACUAUUUUUCUGUGAAAUUCUUUGAACAUCUAUUCUUUUGAUAGAGAAACACAUUUAUGGGCAAUUUCUACAAAUAAACGUA